AUGACUGCUCUGGGAUUUGUCUUCAAAACAAUUCUCCUUCUACUGUUGUGUGUGCAACUGAGUUCUAGCUCAAAGUUCACCCUGCUGCUGUCUAUGCCCAACACCUCCAUACCCUUCAGCGUGGGGCGCAUGGGGGCGGGAGCGCUCAUCGCCAUAGAUACCAUCAACAGCAGGCCAGACAUACUGCCAGGUCAUCAACUGGACUACCAGUAUGUGGACGAUGAAUGUAAUGAUUUGACAGGUCCUGGGAAAAUAGUGGAGCUUCAGCACAAACACAACUACGCUGCCCUCAUUGGCCCUGCCUGUUCACAGGUUUGUGCAGUGACCUCCAAACUGGCUGCUUUUUGGAAUAUCGCUGUAGUCAGCCCUGUGUGUGCAGAACAGCAGUUUCUGGACAAAGAGGCUUACCCCACUCUCACGAGGGUGUUUGGGCCCUUCACAAAGAUGGGCUCCUUCUUUGUUGAGAUCUGUAAGGAAUUUGGCUGGCGACGAAUCGGGAUCAUCCAUGAAAACGACACUGUUUGGACUAUCCCUGCAGAGGGGAUCAGGUACCAGGCAGAGAUCAGCAACAUCACAAUCGCCAAAUCCCUGGAGCUGAGAGGGAAUUCCUCCCACACCUAUGCUCAGGCUCUGGCAGAGAUGGCCGAAGUUACCAGGAUCAUUGUGAUUUCAGCUCAAGGAAAUGUUGUGCGGAGGGUUCUCAUAGAAGCCCAUAGAAAAGGCCUCACCAAUGGGGAGUAUGUCUUCUUCUGCUUCGAACCAUACAAGCAUGAAGACCUGUUUGGCAACUUUGACUGGGAGCGAGGAGACGCAUAUGAUUCUAUGGCCAAGCAAGCUUACCAGGCCCUUUUCCUCCUCUCCCUCUACAAGCCCAGCAAUGACAAAUACAAGGAGUUUAAUGAGAAGGUCAAACUAAGGGCCAAAGAGGACUUUGGCUACCUGUACUCUGAAGAAGAAGAGGUGUCUGUUUUGGCUGCUAUUGCACAUGAUACAGUGUGGCUGUAUGCACAGGCACUAAACGAAAGCUUGGCAGAAAAUGGAAACCCAUACGAUGGCUUCAAUAUUACCCGCAAAAUGUGGAACAGGACAAUUACCGGUAUCCAAGGAGAUGUGACAAUUGAUUCAAAUGGUGACCGUGAAUCUGCAUACAUGAUGAAACAUAUGGAAGGCAGUGGAGAAUUUAAAGUGGUUGCUAACUACUCUGGGACAAAGAAGGUCUAUGAGGCAGUGAGAGGGGUCCAUAUUCUAUGGCCUGGGAGCCAGACAAUCCCGCCCAAGGACACACCUCAGUGUGGGUUCAGAGGGGAGCUCUGCAUCUACACUGACAGAAAAUUUGCUAUUGCUGUGGGGCUGAUAUCUGGCUUACUGACAGCGGGGAUUCUUGCUGUCUGUAUACUGUACAGGAAGUACAGGCUUCAGGAGGAGGCGUCCAUGAUGCUGUGGAGGGUCAGCCCUGGUGAAGUGAGCCUGAUGGAGCUGCAUUCCCCUGCCACAGCAGCUAAGGUUCCUUACGUGAGGUCCAGAGCCUUGCAGGCGUCUGUGGAGUCCAUCAUUGGCCAUGUGCAGGACCACUGCUCCUCUCACAGGCCUGCUGUCUAUAAAGAGAAUGUGUGUGCACUGCGUCUGCUCCACGUGAGGAGUGUGAGUCUGAGCAGCGAGCUGCAGACGGAGCUCAGACAGUGUAGGGAUUUAACGCACCGAAACAUCUGCAGUUUCAUAGGGGCCUGUCUAGAGUCUCCCCAGCCCUUCCUCCUGACUGAGUACUGUCCCAAAGGAAGUCUGCAGGACAUUUUAAAGAGCGAGUCAAUCAAGCUAGACUGGAGUUUUAAGUACUCCCUUCUGCUGGAUAUUGUGAAGGGGAUGGACUACCUGCACUGCAGCCCAUUGCGCUCCCAUGGGCAUCUGACCUCCAGGAACUGUGUGGUGGACAGCCGCUUUGUGCUGAAAGUGACUGACUUUGGCAUCAGCCCCCUGAGACGGGUGAACUCCACCAUUCCCCCUGACAGCCCUGGAUACCACCAGGCCCUGCUGUACAGGGCCCCAGAGCUUUUGAGGCAGACGAUGCCUGCUAAUGGCACCCAGAAGGGAGAUGUGUACAGCUUCAGCAUCAUUGUUCAGGAAGUUGUGUACCGCCAUGGGCCCUUCUACAUACCAAACACCAGUCUUAAGCCCAUAGACAUAGUGGAGAGGGUGAGGGCCGGAGGCAGAAGCCCACUGAGACCUCACAUAGACAGCGUUGAGUGCCCCGAGGAGAUGGAGGCUCUCAUUAAGAACUGCUGGAGAGAGAGGCCUGCUGACCGGCCUGAAUUCUCCUCCCUCAGAGUGACCAUCAAGAAGCUCAGCCCAACUGGGGGCAGUGAGCACAUCAUGGAUGACUUGCUGUCCCGUCUGGAGCAGUAUGCGUGUAACCUGGAGGAGGUGGUGAGUGAGCGCACCGCUCAGCUCCUGGAGGAGAAGAGGCGGGCCGAGAGCCUCCUCACGCAGAUGUUGCCACGGUCUGUUGCUGUGCAGCUAAUCGUUGGAAAGACCGUGCAGGCUGAGACGUAUGACUGUGUCACUAUUUAUUUCAGUGACAUUGAGGGUUUCACCGCCAUGUCUGCUACCCUUACACCGAUGCAGGUCGUGAAUGUACUGAAUGAUUUAUAUACAUAUUUUGACAACAUCAUUGACAACCACGAUGUUUACAAGGUUGAGACCAUUGGCGAUGCCUACAUGGUGGUUUCUGGUCUUCCUAUUAGGAAUGGAGAUGCUCAUGCUAAAGAAAUAGCUGGAAUGUCAUUAGCCAUAGUGCAGGGCAUGGCCCAGUACCAGAGUCCUCAUGUGCUGGGGCAGCAGAUGAAGGUCCGCAUCGGGCUGCACUCAGGUCCCUGUGUAGCAGGUGUGGUUGGCCUGAAGAUGCCACGCUAUUGCUUAUUCGGAGACACAGUGAACACUGCCUCCAGGAUGGAGUCGCACGGUCUGCCGCUAAAGAUCCACAUCAGCGGCUCCACGAAGGCUCUCCUGGACACAUUUGGGACGUUCCGCUGUGAGCUGAGAGGAGACAUCCUCAUGAAGGGAAAAGGGCUUGUGAGGACAUUCUGGCUUUUGGGAGAGGACCAGUAAAAAUGUUUUCCCAGCGUAAUUUCAUUUUCUAUCCAUCGAAAGCAAUGGCCUGUUUCUUUUUUCCAGGGACCUAAUGUCUUAUAAAGCAACUUCAUUAGUUAUCUAUAUUAGGCUUGGUGCACAAUGCAAUGGUCCAGUGAAUGUUUUGCUAGAUUGAAGUGAUUCAGAGCUGUUCUGAGAUUCUACUCUGUUCUGAAAAUUACACAUUUGUCCUACUCCCUUUCACUUUGAGAUUACUGUGCACCUGAUUGCAUAAAAAUCUAAUUACAGUUCACCUUGAAAUGAUCAAUUUCUGUUUCAUGCUCAUUAAAGACAUGAAGGAAUAGACAUC